GCCGCCUCGUGCCGCCUGCAGCUUCUGGCCCACUCGAAGGAUCCUACGGGAUUUCCACCCCUUCCUGGGGCUCCAAGACACCAGACCCGAUCUCGUCAAUGAUAUUUAAUCGUGCCCCAUCCUCUGGGCAUCCGCGGGCUAACACCGCGGGCCAACACCGCGGGCCAUAUACUCUAUCGCCUAGCUCGCUGGUCCGGACAUAGGUCGAAAUCGGAUGAAUUGUUACUAGUAUGUCGUGGCUGCACUUGAGCCAAAUGAACUCAUACCUGCAGAGUUCAUCAGUCUUGGCUGUCAGACUAAUUCCAACCUACCAAUCAGUCGGGUGGCAGGAAUGUUGCGUGCAGUGAUAUCACCGACAUAUGAAUCCGUAACAAAGUCCUCCGUCGGCGAUUAUCAUGUCAAUCGCCGCAAUAGGAGCCAGGCAUAUAAGGCUGGCAACACAACUCAACAGAAUAGAUUGAUUGAAUGCUAAAGUCAUAGUCAUCAUAUCUUAAUUCUUGACAGCAUAUCCAAGAAGCUCAUCACUUUCUCAUAUAGUUCGAUUUGACUAUUGAUAUUGUCCCGCACUAUAGGCACCCUGCAAUAUAAACAAUACUACACCAUGUCCGACAAGAAAGUCUGGCUCAUCACAGGCUGCACCUCAGGCCUCGGCCGCGAGAUCGCGCUGCUAGCCCUCGAGAGGGGAGACACCGUCGUCGCCACAGCCCGCGACCCAGCCAAGCUGUCAGGGCUCGCCUCCCGCGGCGCCCUCACGGAGCGCGUCGACGUGACAGACACGGACGAGAACCUCGCCGCAGCAGUACGAAACAUCACGGCCAGGACGCCCGGCGGCCGCAUCGACAUCCUCGUCAACAACGCGGGCUACAUCCUGGCCGGCGGCGUCGAGGAGGCGAGCCGGGCCGAGGCGGCCGCCGUCUUCGAGACCAACGUCUUCGGCCAGCUCAACAUGAUCCGCGCCGUGCUGCCCGUCAUGCGCGCCGCGCGCUCGGGCGUCGUGGCGAACCUCGGCAGCGUCGGCGGGUGGCACGGCACCCCCGGCGCGGGCAUCUACUGCGCGACCAAGGCGUGCGCCACCAUCCUGGCCGAGGCGCUGCGCGCCGAGGUCGCCCACCUCGGCAUCAGGGUCACGGCCGUGGAGCCGGGUUACACGCGGACCAACUUCCUGGUCCCGGGCCACCAGGUGCGGCCUGGACGGACCAUCGAGGACCUCGGCGGCGGCGCGCUCGGGGACACGCUGGAGGCGUUUGAUGCCGUCAGUCUGAACCAGCCUGGGGACCCGGUCAAGACGUGCAGGCUCAUCGUGGACGCCCUCACUUCUUCUGGGUCGUGUGAGGGGCGGGAACUGCCUCCCAGGCUGCUUGUGGGUAGGGAUUCGUACGGUAUCGUCCGUGGGGUUAUUGAGACUCAUGAGAGUAAUAUGAAGUCGUGGGAGGAUCUGGCUACUGCGACGGACUGCGAUCCGUGAGACUGG